AUGUAUAUGUUCAUGAAUGGAAUGUUUCCAUUCGCAGUGAUCCGAAUGCCCGUCUUCAGUAUGGACAGAAAACGGGUACUUUCGAGGAAUUUACCGACUUUUUCUUUCACGUCCAGCCAACGAUAACUGGACUGAUCACAUCUGGCUAUGGGCAAUACCCUGAUUAUUUAAACAUCAACUGGUUUAUUUGGGAUUAUCCGUGUAUAGCAUGUAAGUUUAUUUAUGCGAAAAAAAUUCUUUCAGCUAUUAGAAACUACAAUUUGAACAAUGUAUGUAUCACAGCCAUGAUUUUGUACUAUUUUGGGAGUGAGUUGAACCCAAUUCAUGUGUUCCCGGGGAUCCUUGCCAGAUAUAAUGUAAAAAAUUGUCCCAGUAUAUUACCACCGAUGAAACUCAAAGAAAUUACGCUCGACUUAUGUCAGCAGUAAGGCCAUACCGGUAUAAACACAAGUUGUUUAGAGAAACAAUAACAGGAACGAUAUCUCAUCAUAAUAUCCACACAAUCUACUUCGAUCUCUCUCCUUAUUUUAGUUCACCCUAUUCAUUUGCUUCCGGAUUAGAACCGUACGUUUUACUGAUUAAUCUAACACUUUUAUCAACAGAAACUCUAGAUUAGUGUCAUCCCUCAAAAAUGUGAAUGUAAUUAUGAAGAUGAAGUCAGGUUACUAUGUUUACAAUAAAAACAGGUCAAUGUUGGCUAUGGUGGACUCCCUGUUUGUAUGUGGUGUCCGAUUAGAUUCUUUCAAAGUGUCAUUGAUCGAGUUGGCAAGACUAAUCUCUUUUUAUUCAUUUCAUGUUUAGGGAUGCGUCCCCAUUCGUCGGAAUUACGUGGAUUGGAUGUAUCAGGACCUUGUAGAUGAGUUACAAAGAAUUGCAUUUUCUGGAAUUACAACCACUUUCGAAGUUAAACUGCGGGUUAAACUUCAUCAAGCAUGGACCUUAAAACAAGUAGCUCAAGCCCAUUUAAGUUGUCUGGAUCCAGGGAAUACGGUCGACCGGAUUCAGGCACUGGUCGAGAAGACGGAAAUUAAGUUCACUCACCGGAUCGGUCGGCUGACUGUAAAGUUCAAGAUUGAGCAUGACAUGAACGCACCGAGAUACAAACCUUACUAA